CGUCAUCAAAACGGGACAGAUCCUUGAAGAAGAGCGCGAUAAACUCAAGAAAAAAAAAAAAUACUAUUGCUAUAAAAUUGGAAAGACAUUGUAUAUCUUACAUCAUACAGCGGUCUGUUAAAAAGAACACGUCACCCUGGAAAUGUUGCCUUCAAAACGGGUUUUAUAGUCGUAGGUUGAAAAUAGUCAAACUGACUAGCCGGAAUGAACGACAGUCCGAUUUUAAUGCCUAAGGGGCUGUCCGCUGCCUGGGACGCUGUAACUGCUGCACUGGUAUCCCCAGUAAUACCUCCUGUAGUGGCCGAUGACACUAUUUCUGACGCCCUUGCCCUACUGUGUGAGCAAGGACUCGGCCAGUAUUUGGAGGGCUGGCUACUGGAGACCCUGCAGCUUCGUCUGGGCUCUGAUGUGGCUCCGGAGUUCUGGGCGGGGCUGCAGCAGCCAGAGGGGGAGUCGGAGGAGAGGGACCGGGCACGAGCCCUGAUAGAGGCCUUCAGGACCCUGCUGCUACGGCUUGAGCCUUUCCUGGGUGGCCUCGAGCAGCUGGGCUUGUGGCAGGACGAGUGCUGGGGGGGACUGGCUGGGCCUGGGGCCCACAGCCUGCGUGAGAGGGCCUUCUCCGUAAUCCGUGCCAUCCUCCUCUUCUCACCACCGCCCGUUCUCCAGCAGCGUGUGCUGGAGUUCUAUAGCCGCACCUUCUCUGUGCACAUGAGUCAGGCGGGGGAGGGUGCAGAGGGUGAGGAGGGCCCGGCAGAUGGCUUGUGCUCAGGCUGUGCUGCCCUGCCCCAGCUGUGCUGGUGCCAGGAGGCCCUGGAGCAGCUGCAGGAGCUCAGCCACAUCCUCUCUAGACUGCAGCAGCUGGAGCGUGUGAGCUCUGAGGCAGUGACCAGCAUCUUGCACAGGCUCAUCGAGCAGAGGAUGGAGCAGCGUUGCCGUGGUGAAUACGAGAGCUCCUUCCUAGCCGACUUCAACGACUGGCUGGAGCAGGUACUUGGCUGGCUCAGCAGGGUGUUCGCCAGCGAGGUGGGCGAGACUGGUGCUGACCAGAAGCCCGACCACCCUGGUGGUGCCAUCCUCCAGCGCUGGCGAUGCCACAUGCACCAGUUCUUCUGUCGCAUCUAUGUGAAUAUGAGGAUCGAGGAGCUUUUCAGCAUCAUACGAGAUUUUCCUGAUUCAAUUCCUGCCAUUGAAGACCUGAAGUUCUGUCUGGAGCGGACCAAUCAGAGACAGCACCUGCUGACCUCCCUUAAAUCUGCUUUUGAGACGCGUUUGCUGCACCCAGGAGUUCACACAUCAGACAUAAUCACCGUAUACAUAUCAGCCAUUAAAGCUCUGCGCGAACUGGACCCCUCCAUGGUUAUCCUGCAGGUGGCCUGCCAGCCCAUCCGCAAGUACCUCCGGACCCGUGAGGACACGGUGCGCCAGAUUGUGGGGAGUCUGACAGGUGAUGCAGAGGGCUGCAGCGAUCUGGCCAAUGAGCUUUCUAGAGCUGAUCCCGUUACCCUGGAGACGCAGGAUAGUGAGGAAGAGGGGAGUGAUCCGGAAGAGUGGACCCCCGACCCCACUGACGCACUUGCAGAUAAGACGGGCUCAAAGCGCCGUUCCUCAGAUAUUAUAAGUCUUCUGGUGAGUAUCUAUGGCAGUAAGGAAAUCUUCAUUGAUGAGUACAAGACGGUACUAGCGGACAGACUGCUUCACCAACUCAACUACAACACAGCAAGAGAGAUUCGAAAUGUAGAGCUGCUGAAACUGAGGUUUGGAGAGUCCCACAUGCAGUACUGUGAGGUUAUGUUAAAGGAUGUGGCAGACUCCCGUAGGAUCAACACUAAUAUCAGUGAGGAGGUGGCUCGUCUGCCUGCUGAAGAUCAGCCUCCCAUUCCUCUCUCAGCCAUGAUCCUGUCUUCAGAGUUCUGGCCUCAGCUCAAAGAGGAGAAGAUGGAGUUGCCUACUGUAGUCUCCAAAGCCAUGGAGGCUUACACGCUCCGCUUCGAAAAGCUCAAGGCCAUGAGGACUCUGUGCUGGAAGCCUCACCUCGGGUCAGUGACUCUGGAUGUGGAGCUGGAAGACCGCACCCUCACCAACCUCUCUGUCCCCAUCCAUGCUGCCAUCAUUCUGCACUUUCAGGACAAGGGCACGUGGAGCCUGGAGGACCUGAGUGGUGCUCUGGGGGUGUCACAGGAGCUGGUGCGCAGGAAGCUGGCCCUGUGGCAGCAGCAGGGUGUGGUGCAGGAGGAGGCCAGUGGCCGUUACAGCAUCCUGGAGACAGCCUCGUGCAGGGAGCGGCCUGACCGCGCCGUCAUGCUGCUGGACAGUGACGAGGAGGGCGACUCCAACACCACCACCCAGUCCGAGCAGAGGGAGGAGAAGCUGCAGUUGUUCUGGGCCUACAUUCAGGCCAUGCUGACCAACCUGGAGAGCAUGACCCUGGAGAGGAUCCACUCUAUGCUGCGCAUGUUCGUUGUCACGGGGCCCGGAGCCACAGAGAUGGACGUCAACGAGCUCCAGGCCUUCCUGCAGAAGAAAGUCCGAGACCACCAGCUCAUUGUCUCGACUGGAGUCUACAGACUACCCAAGACCAGUCAGUAGAGGACAAGAGGUUUAAUACGUCAAGGGUUUUUGGUUUAUUUGUUUGUUUUAAAUAAUAAAAUAUUGAUUUGCUUAUGUUUGUUACUUUGGAGUGCAUUUUUUAGUUACUUUUGCACUUGUUAUACAAAUAAAUAAUUAAAAAUAAGACAUUCUAGCAAAUGUUUUCACCUGUCCUCUGGUAAAAUAAAAAGAAUGAAAAAUAAACAAAAGUCUUCACCUAA